UCAUCCCCUCUUCAUUUUCCUCAAGCCAGCCAAAAAAAACAAACAAAAUACUCUUCUCAAACAUCCAUUUAAACAUUAACCAUGGCUUCAAUGCAAUGCUACAAAGAAGAAAGUAAGGAGUUUGAUUACUAUGAGAAAUCCUCAGGCACUUACCAAAAACCAACUAACUACUCGAACUCGGGUUACCAACAAACUUACUACCAGAAAGAAAGGUGUUACAAAACCAACCCUGGAAUGACGGAUUAUGGCACUAACCACGACCAUCAACAUGGACUAGGUAACGGAUACUGUAGCACUAACCCGUGUGGGCCCAUGAUGGGCCAUGACACGGGCUACGGGUCGGGCCACAACAAUCAUGGAAUGACGGGCUAUGGCACGGGCCACAACACUCACAUGCAGAAACCCGGGUUCAGUGGAAUGGGCUCAGGCGCUUUGGGCCAUGUUAUGGGCUUUGGAAAGAAACAUGAGGGACAUCAUGGACAUAGUGGCUAUGGAAUGGGUGCAGCCUCUGGUUGCACCACCACUUACAAGAAGCAACAUCGUAGGAGAAAGGGCAAGAGUGGUUACGGCAGCGGCAGCGACUGUAGCGACAGUAGCGAUGAUGAACGUUGCUCCUAAAUAACUACAGGUUUGGUGAGUAGCAGCCUGGCUUAUGAAAAGGAAGAGAGUGAAGUUCCUAGUACUAGCUAGGGAUUAUAUAACAAAUAAAUAAAAAGCACAUUUCAGCCAUGGCUAGCUAUUGACUACUACUGAGUUAUGAACCUACUAUGGAACUUGAGAAUUUGUGUGUGUGUUGGUGUAUUAUGUACUUUAUAAUAAUGUAACUGCUUAUUCCCUUUGAAAAUAAAUCUAUGAGAAAAUAACUCAAAAAAAGGUCUUCUAGUGUGUGCUAUGUUUCAUUAA